CAGCCGUGGCUCUCUCUCUCGUCUCGUCUCGUCUCGUCUCUCGUUGCCUUGUUGUUUAUAAACUUUCCCCCGCGCCGUUCUCUCUCACCAACCUCAGACAUUCUUUACCUCCCCUACAUUCGCUCACCAUAUCCAUCACCAUCAGCAUGUUGUUUCGCCUUGCUCUGUGCAUCAGCACGGCAGCCGCUGCAGCUCUGCCAGCAGCCCAGCAGCAGGUCACUGCCAACUCGCAUCAAAUCAAUCUUCCCGCCGUGCCUUGCGCUUUCUCCGACUCCAGCUGCUCCGAGGCUCUCGAUCCCAUCUCACAUCUGACCAUCGACUUCUCCACCCAAAAUGGCAGCCUACUCGCCAACAAGCAAUCCAUCUUUCCAGCUUCCGUCCCCAUGCAAUUCACCGCAGACCGCAAAUGGGAUAACUCCAUUCAACCCGUUCAAGUGACCUUCUCCUUGGAUGUCCGACCCCUCCCCAUUCGUCCCGGCGCCGGCCUGGGUGAGGUUUACUACAUGAAACUCCGUCUCUUUGACCAGCACGGUCGCCCUGCCACCCAGAACACUGUUGCCAUCAGCCUGCUGAGCGAUGCCCACGGUAAUCUGCAACUCGCCAUGAUCGAUCCGAACGGUAGCCGCGAGUACGGUCACGGAAACCGAGUCUGGCAAAUGAAGGCCUGGAAAGCACAACUCGAAACCUACUACCAUUCCGCAAAAGAAGCCGUCAAGAGCUGCAUCAAGCCAGGGCACUCGAUUGCCGAAGAGCACGAACACCACUACGAACACGAGCACAAGCAACCCUCCCACACUUCAGACUCCCACGACCACCGUCACCCAUCCACCAAAUACCCUCCCGUCUUCAAGAACGGCCAAAGCGGCGGAUUCUUCUGGGCUGGAAGUGAGCAGAGCAUCAUGAAGAUUGCCCGCCCCGUCAUCCUCCCCGCCCUGAUGGGAAUUCUCGCCGGUGGAGUUGCCUGCGUCAUUGGAUUCCUACUGGGUCGUCUCGUCAUCUCAAUCUACCUUUGCGCAGCGAGUCGCCGGGAGCAAAGAAUCCCCAUCAUCCACAUCGAAGACGGCGAGAUAUUUUCCGAAAAAGACGCCCUUCUUGAGCAUUACAGCGAUCAGGAACCUGACGCCCGCCAAUCUUGCCAAUAACUUUCCUUCCUUCCUUUUUUUAUACCUUUCAUCCUUUCUCUAUGUGACCACCUCUCUUUGGCUCCAUUUAUGAUAUCCAAUGUAGCAUAGCAUACCCUUCUGACUUACCUACUCAAAAUGCAAAAUGAAUGGAAUGAUUCAACCCCCCUCCAUCUGACUAUAACCCACUUUACC